GCCUGGUGACACCCAGUGUGCAGCUCUCCUGCUCCCGGCCGCCCAGAGAUAAGGCCAAAGGGGCCUCACUCUGCACCCGGCACGCAGCUCCAGUCCAGUCCAGCGGCACCGCCAGGGACCAGGCAGCAUGCUGCUGCCCAGAGGCCUUGCCCUCCUCCUCCUCCUCCUCCUCCUCCUCGGUCUCAGUGUGGACACUGGCAGAAGUCAGGACUAUUCAGCCCCCAAGGACCACCAGGACGUCUACACACAGAUCAGGGAUGUCACAGAGAUCCCAGACUCGGCAAGUUCCCUCAUCACGGAGAUGAUCUUUGUGGAAACCAGCCUCGUGGCCGUCAAAGAGGGAGCCUUCCGGAACAGGCCCAACCUGAGGAAGGUUUUGUUCAUAAGCAACAAGAUUAGGACUGUGGAAGUGGGAGCAUUUGAUAACCUGGAGGACCUGGAGGACUUGGAAAUAAGUGGGGCAGAACUGCAGAGCCUUCCACCCGGCGCCUUCCGAAAUCUGCCUCAUUUGCAGAAACUGACUCUGCGCGACUCUCGCAUCCAAUGGAUUGAAAAGGGGCUCUUCGAUGAUCUCGAGAACCUGGAGGAGAUGUAUCUGCACAUGAACGAAAUCCCUUCUCUGCCGGAAGGUGUCUUUGAUGCGCUGCCCAGGCUGACCUUCUUACACUUGGCCAGAAACAGGAUUUCAGACCUCCCCAAGGAGGUCUUCAAGGAGCUGAGGCUGCUGAAGGUCCUCCGACUCUACGAGAACGAGCUCAGUGGCCUCCCGGAGGGGAGCCUGGACAGCCAGCAGAGCCUGACAGAGCUCGGCCUCUCCAAGAACAAGAUCCAAACUCUGCCCCCCAGCUUGCUCAGGAACCUGCCCAACCUGGAGAAGCUCUUCCUGGACCAGAACCGGCUGGAGGCUCUCCCAAGUGAGGCCUUCCACGGAAUGAGAAAACUCAAGCAGCUGAAACUGGCUUCCAACAGCAUCCAACGGCUGCCCGGCCGGCUCUUUGGCGAGAUGCCGCUGCUCCAAGAACUGGACCUGAGCAGGAACCAUUUGCAGGCUCUUCCUGCGGGGGUCUUUGCAAACCUCACCAGCCUCAGGAAGCUCAGCCUGGCCCACAACCAGCUGGCAGGUGGGCCUCCCAGUGUCUUCACAGGCCUCAACAGGCUCUCGGAACUCAAUCUGGAGGCAAACCUGCUCUCUUCUCUGGGGAGCCUGGCGGGGUCUUCUCUCCCGGAACUGAACACCCUCAGACUGAACAGGAACCAUCUAAGGAACGUUCCCGAGGGUCUGUUUGGCAGCUUCAGCAGACUCACCUCGGUGUAUCUUGGCGACAAUCCCUGGAACUGCGACUGUCAUCUUCUCUAUCUCCACAGGUGGAUGAGAGAUCAUUCCAAAAAAGUUAAAGACCUCAAAAAAGUGACCUGUAGAGGCACAGGGGCGCUGGCUGGGAAGGCUGUCCUUGUGCUGACAGAAGACCAGUUGGGCUGCCUAACCACCACCCCCAUGGCUACCAGCUCCUCUGACACCACGUCGCUGCCCACAAGGGAGUUCACCCCAACUGUUCCCCCAGUCACUGAAGUCCUCACCACGGCUGAAGCUGCAGCCACGGCUGUCCAUCAGCCCACCACCGCCACGCAGCAUCUCACCACAACCCCACAAGCCACCAGCACCACCAUCAGGACAACCUCUGAAACCACCACUGUUGCCACAGAAACAUCCCCUCAAAUAACAACCACCAGGAGUCCCACCGCAAGGGAAACCACGAUCAUCACCAGCAGCAACCUUAGCCCCACAGCUGGGAUGCCAAGUACACCCCGCAAAUGGAUCCCUGCCACAAUCAAAGUUCCUGGGUUUCCUACUGCCACUGCUGAGACUCAGUGUACCCCCCAGAUCACAGCUACAACCCAGAUUCCCUCCACAGCACCCAAACCCAUGUGUGCUGGGACUCCGCCGAGGGUGGGGCCUGACACCGCUGCAGAGACCUCACUUGCCCCCACCAGGUCUGGCCUCAGCUCCUCCUGCGCAGCCCUCCAGACGCUGCCAGCCCCCGACACAUCCACAGCACCCCCUGGCCAAACUCCCAGCAGCCUUGAAGCACUUCCCACUGCUCUGACGGUCUCCCUGGCAGCCACUGAAACACGCACCACCGCUCCCGGACUUGCCAUCAGCACUCGGGAGGCCUCCUCCUCCUUCUCCAGGGAGGCACCGGCCCCAGCAAGCCUUGGAACCGACCGAGGCCCCAGCGCCAGCCGACCAGGCCAAGGCGCCUCCGCUGGGCCCCCCUCCACUGCUGCUGCAGAAGGAGCCACCCCGGCACCGGCACUGAGGACCCCCUCCUUCACCGGCAUGGUGAGCCAGCUGCAGAGGCCCCCCGUUGGCACGGCCCCCACCCUCCCCUCGGCAGCCUCUGCCCCCUGCCGCACCCCUGCCGCCUCCCCCAGGCCCGCCCGGACCUCUCCGCCCCAGAGCCCACAGCCCAGCCCCAAAGCUGGCUUCUCUGGGCUCCCAGCCCAGCGGCCCCAGUCUUGCCAGGUGACUCUGGGCCUGUACCUGGCCAUGCUCUGCGUGGAAGUCGGCGGCACCGUGGCCUUGGUCAGGCUGCUGCAGGCCCUCUACCGAGCCACGCACCCUCCAGGCCGGCUGCCUGAGCCUGUCCAGCUGGUGUGGGUGAGGCCCAGGAAGGAGGCCCGGUGAGGGGGGGGCAGCAUGGCGGGCUGCGCUGGGGCUUUGCUGCCACGGGCCCUUCUCAGAGGCGGCUCAAAGUGAGGAGCCAGGAGAAGCGGCUUGUCCUCAGGGGCUGCCAGCGGGGGGGGGGGGGGACGCAGCUGCCUCUGCUUCCUGGCUGCCGCCCGAGUGGCCUGCUCCUCUCUGCCCUGCCCUCCCUGGAAGCUGCACCGCCUGCAGACCGACUGGUCAUUUGCCGGGCAGAGCUGCCGCCAUACAGCUUUGCCUGGUGAAUGGCCGGCCUGCAGGCAGAGGCGUAUCUAGGAAAAAUCGUGCCUAGGGCAAGUACUGAAAUUGUGCCCCCUGUCCAAACAUCUGACACCCAUCUUUCAGAUAACUUUACCAUAAUAUCAGCUCAAAAAUACAAGUGAAGCUCCUUAAUCUUUUAAUAUUUCAAAAACUAUUUAGCAGUGGAUGUAGGCAGACCAAAAAAUGCUGGAAAACUACAAAUUUCAGUAUUCUGGGGCUCAUGAAAUACCCAAAUACUAUGUGGAGCUGUACUUGGAAAACUAAACAGAAGUGCCUGUCUAAUUCUCUACUAUGCAUUGUAGCAUCACCAUUACAUAAGUCUUAAAAAUCAAUGGAGAAUUUAACUUUUCCCAGAUACUCUGAAAAUAAUUAAAGGAUAU